CGACAGCUCGCUCUGGCUCUCGCUUCCACGCUGAAGAAGACGACCAGGUUCGAUCUCCUCCCUCCUCCUACGGCCAGCAAACAGAAGGGGUAGAGAAAUGGCAAGAGGAGCCGCGAGAACUCCCUCCUUCGUCUUCCUCUCUUUUGUGCUGCUCCUGAUCUGCUUCGCCACAGGGGGAAUGCAGUCGGUGCAGGGGCAGGUAACACCGACGGACCUAAUUAUGCGCCUCACUAACUACGUUGUCGUUGCUUUGUUGCAGAAAACUUGGUGCGUAGCGAAACCUUCGUCGGACGAAGCAACUCUUCUGGGAAACAUCAACUACGCCUGCUCUCAGGUGGACUGUAGCGUGCUGCAGAGGGGCCGCACGUGCUUCUACCCGGACAACCUCAUGUCCCACGCUUCCAUCGCCAUGAACCUCUACUACCAGUCCAGAGGAAGGAACCCGUGGAACUGCUUCUUCAAGAACUCCGGCCUCGUGGUCGCCACCGACCCAAGUUAUGGGAGCUGCGGUUAUGCCUGAACCCCAACCAAGAAGACAACACCGAAGAGUGGCUUUCUGCAUUGUUAUGAUGGAUCUGAUUCUGGUUGGCCGUAGUGAGAAUUUAUUGUUGUCUUGCUAUUAGAGAAACCUUUAAUUGAUUCCAGGAUAAAUGUAGCACAUCUUGCAGCAUUUCUUCCACAAUCAAACUCUGCAUGCAUUUAGAAGUUUUCUA